GGACAGCUGGGGGCCAGCCAUCAAUCCUGACACAGAAAGAGAGAGGGACACACAAGAGACAGAGACACAGAGUGACAGAGCUACACACAAGAGAGAGACAGAGGGACACACAGAGCGACAGAGACACGUGCACACACGAGAGACAGAGACACACACACGCGAGAGACAGAGGGGGACACAUACAAGAAAGACACACAGAGAGAAAGAGACACACACUCACAAGACAGACAGACACACACAAGAGAGACAGAAGGGGACACAUACAAGAGAGACACACAGAGAGACAGACACACACACAAGACAGACGGACAGAUACACACAGACAGACACAAGAGAGACAGAGGGGGACACAUACAAGAGAGACAGAGACACACACAUACACACGCGACAGACAGACAGACACACAAAAGAGAGACACAGACAGAGAAACAGAGGGUCACACAGAGAGAGAGAGAGGGCCAUGGCGAUCCCCGUCGAUCCAGCAGAGGAGCCCCGCAUUUACCAGCAGACGCUGCUGCAGGAGGGUCUGCGGGACCUGCUGGAGAGCGGUAAGCUGGUGGACUGCGUGCUCAAGGUGAAGGGCCGGGAGCUGCCGUGUCACAGCCUGGUGCUGGCGGCCUGUAGCCCGUACUUCAGAGCGCGGCUGCUGGCGGAGGCGGGCCCGGGCCCGGGCCCAGGGCCGAGGAGGGAGCUGGUGCUGGACGAUGAGGAGCUGGAGCCGGAGCUGGUCGAGGCCUUGCUGCGUUACCUGUACAGCUCCGAGCUGUCGCUCAGCGACGCCAACGUGAAGGAGGUGCUGUCGGCCGCCAGCCUGCUGCAGAUCCCGUCCGUCUUCACCGUCUGCGUGUCGUUCCUGCACCAGCGGCUGGGCCUCGGUAACUGCCUGGCCGUCUUCAGGCUCGGCCUGAUGCUCGACUGCCCGCGCCUCGCCGUCGCCGCCCGGGACCUGGCGUGUGAGCACUUCCCGCUGGUGAGCAAGGACCCCGACUUCCUGGGCCUCAGCGCCGCCGAGCUCAGCGCCAUCGCCUCCAGCGACUCCCUCAACGUCGAGCGCGAGGAGCUGGUCUUCGAGGCGGUGGUGGCCUGGGCCUCCCGCCAGGCCUCUCCCGCCAAGGCCUUGGCCCAGCUCCUCGACUGCGUCCGCUUCCUCCUGCUGCCCCGCGGCUACCUGGAGCAGCAGGUCCAGGCCCACCCCCUGCUCAGCUCCAGCCCGGAGCUCCUCCAGAAGAUCCAGCAGGUCAAGGAUGCCCGCAGCAGGGAGGAGGAAGAGGGGGAGGAGAAGGGCAAGAAGACCACCAACAAGGAGGGGAAGACCACCAACAAGGAGGGCCAGGCCACCAGCCCUGGCAGCCAAGAGGCCAAAAAGGAGGAGGAGGAGGAGCAGCAGCCCCCCAGCAUCCUGAACAAAACCCCCAGGUUUGGCAUGUUUGUCAGGGACCUCAUCUUCAUGAUCAACGACGAGGCCACCGUGGCCUACGACCCCACCACCAACGAGUGCUACUUCGCCUCGGUCUCCUCAAAGAUCCCCAAGAACCACUCCAGCGUGGUGACCAAGCAGAACCAGAUCUUUGUGGCCGGCGGCCUCUACUACGAUGAGGGCAACAAGGAGAACCCACUGCACUCCUACUUCCUGCAGUUUGAUCCCCUGGACUCUGACUGGCUAGGGAUGCCGGCUUUACCAUCUCCGCGGUGCCUGUUUGGUCUGGGCGAAGCUGAAAAUGCCAUCUAUGUCAUUGGCGGGAAAGAAGUGAACGAAGAGGAGAAGACGCUGGACACUGUGAUGUGCUAUGAUCGACACACAUUUAAAUGGGGAGAAUCAGAUCCACUUCCAUACGAAGUUUACGGCCAUUCUGUGGUGUCUCACGACGAACGGGUUUACGUAAUAGGAGGCAAAGGAAAAGAUAAGAAGUGCUUGAACAAAGUGUCAGUGUAUAACCCCCAGAGGUUCGAAUGGAAGGAGUUGGCUCCUAUGAAGACUGCCCGCUCUUUGUUUGGUGCAGCGGUCCAUCAAGAUAAAAUCUGGGUGGCCACAGGGGUCACAGACAGUGGACUGACUGGAAGCGUCGAGGUGUACGACAUAACUGCGAACAAGUGGGAAGAAAUGGCAGAGUUCCCUCAGGAACGUAGCUCUCUGAGCCUCGUCACCGUAUCCAAUUGUCUGUACGCCAUUGGUGGAUUUACUAUGGUACAGAGUGAAUCUGGAGAUUUUGUCCCAACUGAAAUUAACGACAUUUGGAAGUAUGACGACGACAAGAAGGAAUGGUUUGGUAUUCUCAGAGAGAUUCCCUACGCUUCAACAGCAACCUUCCUCCCAGUCCGACUAAAUAUUUUGCGUAUGAGCAAGUUAUAAGGCCAAUGCUACUGUAACAGCAAUAUUAGGGAUUGGGUUGAAACAGAAAGGGCUCGAGGUAUUUUGAAACAGGUUAUUUGUAUCUGAAUAAUGGACGAUUGCAAUAAUGUAUUUUUUUCCUUAAGAAAAAUUAGUUAAAACAGUUUGGAAUAAUGCACUUUUUUUCUAAAAAAAGUUAAACACUUUAGAAAUGGUUGUUUUUCAGAUAAGCAAAGAAGAUAAAGGUGUUGCAUUAUUGAAUAAACUACUCUGC